AUUCUUCCAUCUAUCCUCCUUACAUCCCUCCAUCUCUCUCUCUCUCUCUGUCUGUACGUCCGGUCUCGGUGCUGCUGGUUCAUGUUGGAUCACGGGGAGGAUGUUGAAGUUCCGUGUGGACAGGAGAGUCAGUCAACAUGACCCCCGUGGACCAGCUGGACCUGUGAGUUCGAUCCAGCUGGAGGACCUGACACCUGUACACUCCUACCUGCAGUGUUGUGACAUGAACGGGAAGAUCAACUCUGAGAGAAUCCCUCACUCUAAAAGUGGCAACAUGGUGUCUGAGCUGAGUCCAGAGGGACACACCUACACACGGACGUCUCGUACUCCAAGGAAGGCGGCGACUUUCGGUAAGCGCUCAAACUCAAUGAGGAGGAACCCCAAAGCAGUGGUGGCCAAACAGGGCUGGCUGUACAAACAGGCGAGUAGUGGAGUGAAGCAGUGGAACAAGCGGUGGUUCAUCCUCUCAGACAGAUGCCUGUUCUACUACAAAGAUGAGAAGGAGGAGUCCGUGUUAGGGAGUCUACCUCUGCUGAGUUUCAGAGUCGGAGGAGUGGAGCUGUCCGACAACAUCACCCGAAAGUUUGCCUUUAAGGUCAGAGACGUUAACAGAUGUUCUGAUAAUGAUUUUACUUUAAGAUCCCUGAGUGAUCUCUGAGUGUGAUCCCUGAGUGUGAUCCCUGAGUGUGAUCCCUGA